CUUCUCUCCCCCAGCUGAAUCAACUCUUUGAGGAGAUGGCGGAGAACGGUUAUGAUUGGGGCACUGCCAGGAGGUCGAGGAGAGCACCCAGCCGAGGUGUACAUACUGUGGGAGCCCAUCCCUCUGAUUUGGUGCAAGUAGUAUCGAAGCUGGUUUCAGCUAUCGAUCGCUCCGGGAUGAGGAAAUAGUAAUCGGAGAAGUCAUACUCAUAAUGAUGAGGAAAAUCUGCUCCGGGAUGAUGAUUUCCACUCCUAUGACGAUCUCCAAGCUUGAUUCGAUGAAACCCAGCUCCAAGAUAGCUUCUAGGAUGUGUUCUUCGUACUUUCUCUCUCUAGGGCUCUGUUCUUGCUCUGAAAAUCCGAUUCUCCCACUUUUGGCUCGAAAUUGGCUCAAAAACCAGAAUUUCCCGACUCACACGGGCAGGCCACACGGCCAUGUGGCUCACCACUUUGCCCGUGCGAGUCGAAACGCAGCGUAUGGAUUAGUUCGGUCUUCAGCCAUCUCACACGGCCAGGGUUGCACGGCCGUGUGGAUUUCAUGGGUUGCCCGUGUGUGGCAUCGGCAAAAAUCACACGGCCACUUUGCUCACUGGCACGGCCGUGUGAAAGCUACUUGUGCCCGUGUUUGCUCUCGGUGGAAAUCACACGGCCACCUUGCUCACUUGCACGGCCGUGCGAUGCCCCGGUCUGCCCGUGCGGCUUCCUUGAAACCUCGCCAUUCGUCCGAUCUUCGUCUAAUCGACCCCAAACUCGCUCCCAAGCCUCCAUUCACGUACUAGGACCUGAAAUAUCACAAACAAGCACAACCUAGCGUGAAAUCAGCCUAAAACACGAGAAUCAACACCUCAAACGCUGGAGAUAUUGGGGCAUCAUGUCUUCUAUAUGCCUCAGUGUUAGAUGACAUUGGUAUUGAUGAGCUGCCAAUUGCCCCAAAGUUAUUCGGAGGCAUCCUCAGUGACUUGUUUGCAUCAAGAUGUGUCAGUUUCAAGGUUCUGUCGUUUGAUGCAUGUAGAGGUUUUCAGGCAACCCAUCUCUGAUAAUGUCAUGAAGACUAUAAAUGCAAGCCCGGCCGGGCAGAAAGUUUUGGCAUCUCUAAGUUCUGAUGUCCAGGCUUCCCAAAGUCUACUUUCUUAGUUACAACUUACAAUACCCACCAUAGUUAUCAGAUCAAGCUACGAUAAUCUGGAAACCAAUGCUUGUAGCCUCCCUUUCUGCGAGCGAAAAAGGAAAGGGGCAGGUUGAGUUGGGAGCUCUGUAGAUUUAGAGAUUCUUUAUGUGAGUCGUCUGUUUGUUAAAAGUG